AUGUCAUUCGUGGUUCCCGAGAUGCUAAGCCGCUGCCUCAACUACGACCACGCCCCUCCAAACCAGCACUCGCUGCUCCUAGACUUCAUCCGUCUCUCCCACGCGGAUCGGGGCUUCCUCGCCGGCCUCCUCCUCAUCUCGUGCCGCUACAUGUGUCGCUUCCACCGACGGCACCAUCCGUAUCAGGACCUGGCCACCACCUACAAGCUGGACUGCCUGCGCUCUCUCAGCCAGAGUAUCGCUGUGGCCCCGUCGGCUGUUAGUGAUGCGACCAUCGCCAAGGCGAUCGUGCUGGCGCAAGACGAGCUGGCGCUAGGUGAUGUGCAGACGUCUCGAAAUCACGUCCUCGGAGCCGUCAAAAUGGUGAACUUGAACGGCGGGCCGCGCUUGUUGGGAGUUGGCGGCUUCCUGUGGUACCUUCUCCAGAACUUUGUUCAACGGAAAGGCGGGUUCGCCGGAGCGCCAGAGUUAUCGGCGAAGACAUAA